AUGAUCUCUGUGAGAAGGAUGCUGCAGCAAGCUCUUAGAGUAUCCGGCCGGAGCGCCUUCCCCCUGGUCAAGUGGAUGGAGAGGUGGGCUGAGGGCGCAUCGGCCGAUCUGGAGGCGACAAAGGCAGUGAGGACUCUGGACGACAUGCCCGGGCCCUCGUUCACCAGCUUCGCCUGGGACUUGUUCGCCAAACGGGGGCUGUCACGGCUGCACGAGUUGCAGCUGGAAGGAAUGCAGCGGUACGGGCCCAUGUGGAAGGCGAGCUUCGGUCCCAUACUGACGGUCCAUGUGGCCGAUCCAGCACUUAUUGAGCAGGUACUGAGGCAGGAGGGCGUGCACCCCAUGCGCUCAGACCUUUCCUCCUGGAAGGACUACAGAAAGCUCAGAGGACAUCACUUUGGACUCCUGACGUCUGAGGGGGAUGAGUGGCAGACGGUGAGAAGUCUCCUGGGGAAGCAUAUGCUCCGGCCGAAGGCGGUCGAAGCUUACGAUAAAACCCUAAACAGCGUGGUCGAUGACCUCGUCGCCAAACUUCGCUUCCGCAGUCGUCCCCGAGGCCUCGUCCCCGACAUCGCCAGCGAGUUCUAUCGCUUCGGCCUCGAGGGCAUUUCCUCCGUGUUGUUUGAAUCCAGAAUUGGCUGCCUGGAUCAGGUUGUUCCUAAAGAGACGGAGCGCUUCAUCCAGUCCAUCAACACCAUGUUCGUUAUGACGCUCCUUACCAUGGCCAUGCCAAGCUGGUUGCACCAGCUGUUUCCUAAGCCCUGGAACGUCUUCUGUCAGUGCUGGGACUACAUGUUUGACUUUGCAAAAGGUCACAUUGACCAGCGUUUGACAGCCGAAGCGGAGAAGGUCGCCCGCGGAGAGAAGGUGGAGGGCCGUUACCUCACCUACUUUCUGUCGCAGACCGGGCUGCCCAUGAAGACCGUCUACAGCAACGUCACGGAGUUGCUUCUCGCGGGAGUGGACACAAUCUCCAGCACUAUGUCCUGGUCAUUGUACGAGCUGUCCCGUCACCCCGAGGUGCAGGCCUCGCUCCGGGACGAGGUGUUGAGCGUACUGGGGGGUCGAAGCAUACCGGUGGCAGCGGAUGUGGCCCGCAUGCCUCUCAUGAAGGCCACAGUCAAGGAAGUGCUCAGGCUGUACCCUGUCAUUCCUGCCAACGCACGAGUGAUUACAGAGAGAGACAUCCAGGUUGGAGGAUACCUCAUCCCUAAAAAUACUCUGAUUACUCUGUGCCACUUUGCAACAUCACGGGACCCAGCAGUGUUUCAAAAUCCGGAUGAAUUCCAGCCCCAUCGAUGGUUGAACAAGGACCAGGCUCAUCACCCCUAUGCCUCCGUACCCUUUGGGGUGGGAAAACGCAGCUGCAUAGGUCGCCGUAUCGCUGAGCUGGAGCUCUACCUUGCUCUUGCCAGGAUCCUCAUAGAUUUCGAUGUGAAGCCAGACCCAGAAGGGAUUUCCGUGAAGCCCAUGACACGGACGCUUCUGGUCCCUGAAAAUGUCAUCAACCUUCAGUUUAUUGAACGAUGACCCACUCUCCUGCGCCGGUCUGUUAGGAGAAUGUGAGUCUCUCGGCAGUAGAGAGCACCAGCAGGUGGAGUUAUCCCAGGAACUAUGAGUCUGUUGCACGCAGUAGACCAUAUUAGAGCAGACCUUUAACCUAUCGACACAACAACGUACCUGUCACCUGGUGUGCAGAGGAUGACACGCGGAGAAGGACAAACAAAUGAAGGACGAGCAGUGAACGCUCAUCUCUGAGGAUUUCCACUGGGAGCAAUGUAACUCCAAAUUUAAUACCAUGUUGUUGUUGUUUUUUAAAAAAUAAAAUCACCAUCACGCACUUAUUUGCACAGAGGCCAAGAGCAAGCCAGUGAUCUCCUUUAGUACGUUUCAACAGAUAAUCUUCAGACUUUCGUUUCAUCCUUCAACUGAGUCAGAACAUGUUGCAUUUCAUUGAAUUUGCAACACGUCUGAAGCAGAUUUUUUUCUGAAUCUGGUAACCCCUUCUUAAAUCUGAUUAUGAACUGAGAUCAUCUGAGCUCUUAUCUAAAUGCAGCAGUAUCAGCAGUGUCCUGAUCGUGCUGUAUAUGUUAUGCCAGUAUACUAAGACUCUCAGACUGGCACAUGGACACUGUUUCUAAUAUCUCCAGCUCUUACUGAGCUAAGAGUUUUGUGUAGAUACAAUGUUCAAUACAUCAAUCAAAGUUUAUUUAAAAGGUGCUUAUGGUGAACACAUUUUAGUGACGGCAGCUGUUGAAAUUUUUCCUGUGUCGGAAUAUAUGAUGCCACUGUUUAAAAUGCCAAACUUAGGCUCUGUAAAUCUGUUUCCUUCAAAUGUAAAUAUACUGUAUACCAAUACUAAUGUUUAAUGAGUGGUGUACCACUGUU